CCACUGAAACCAGUUAGUAGAAGAAAAUUUUGUUCAGAGGAAACUAAGACCGACGCCGACGUCACGAUGGCUGCGAUUUGAUUAUUUCGAAUGCACAUACUAGUACUUAGAUUAAUAAACGUGAACGCAAUCCGUGGCCCUGCCUGCCGCCGGGUCGCUGACGGCACGGCAGCACCUGCCUGCACCUGUGGCAGAUAAUAUCGGGACCAAUUUUUAGUUAAACUUUAGUUCCGACUUACGAAUCGGAUAUUCCGUUAUUCUGUUACGCUAAAAACUAAACUGUACAGAGUGUUAAAAAUUGCUAAAUGCGAAACGAGCUGGCGAAGAGUACAAAGAUUAAAAUUGAAGAAAAGCUAACUAGCCCGCCGAGUAUCGUAUAGUGAUAGUCUAGUGUUGAAUAAACAAGUGAAAAAUAUAAAAUAUAUGUAUACACAAGUAAAAAAUACGAAACGAAAUCCCACUCUUUUGCAACCAUUAAGCAGUGAUUCGCGCGAAAACAAAUACUAAACUGAACUUGUAUCAAGUACGUUCAAAUUGGCAUCGAAAUUGGAACAACCAAUACACCAAUCAGCAAUCAUGAUGCUAACAACUGAACACAUAAUGCAUGGGCAUCAUCCCCACUCUUCGGUCGGUCAGAGUGCGUUGUUCGGAUGCUCCACUGCGGGUCAUAGUGGUAUUAAUCAGUUAGGCGGCGUCUAUGUAAAUGGCCGUCCACUGCCCGACUCAACGCGUCAAAAGAUAGUCGAGCUGGCUCACUCGGGCGCUCGUCCAUGUGAUAUUUCGAGAAUACUUCAAGUUUCAAAUGGCUGCGUAAGCAAAAUAUUGGGCAGAUACUAUGAAACGGGAUCAAUCAAACCUCGAGCAAUAGGUGGUUCCAAACCACGAGUAGCUACAACGCCGGUCGUACAAAAAAUUGCAGAUUACAAGCGGGAAUGUCCCAGCAUAUUUGCUUGGGAAAUUCGAGAUCGACUACUUUCGGAGCAAGUUUGCAAUAGUGAUAACAUUCCAAGUGUUUCAUCUAUAAAUCGAGUCUUGCGCAAUUUGGCAUCGCAAAAGGAGCAGCAAGCGCAGCAGCAAAACGAGUCUGUCUAUGAAAAGCUCCGCAUGUUCAAUGGACAAACCAGUGGUUGGGCAUGGUAUCCAAGCAACACAACGGCACACUUGGCCCUACCGCCAACACCAACGGCCCUGCCGACGCCAACGAAUUUAUCUGGACAAAUUAACCGGGACGAAGUUCAAAAGCGAGAUAUAUAUCCCGGUGAUGUAUCUCACCCCUCGCACGAGAGUACGUCAGAUGGCAAUUCCGAUCACAAUUCAUCUGGAGACGAGGACUCUCAAAUGCGGCUACGGCUGAAAAGAAAACUUCAGCGCAAUCGAACCUCUUUUACCAAUGAACAAAUUGACAGCCUGGAGAAAGAAUUUGAGCGAACACAUUACCCGGACGUAUUUGCGCGAGAGAGACUUGCUGAAAAAAUUGGUUUGCCAGAGGCACGUAUUCAGGUAUGGUUCUCUAACCGGAGGGCCAAGUGGCGGCGAGAGGAAAAGAUGCGCACUCAAAGGCGGUCCGCAGAUAAUGUAGGUGGCAGUAGCGGUAGAGCCAGCACAAAUAAUCAACCAAGUACAGCUGCAUCUUCCUCCGUCACACCGUCGAGCAACUCGACGCCCGGUAUUGUUAGCUCAGCGGGCAACGGCAUUGGUUCGGAAGGAGCAUCGUCAGCUAUAAUCAGCAACAACACCCUACCCGAUACAUCCAAUGCCCCAACUGUUCUCGGAGGUGACGCCAAUGCCACGCAUACAAGCUCGGAAAGCCCACCACUUCAAGCUGUAGCACCGCGCAUACCCCUAAACGCUGGCUUCAAUGCUAUGUACUCCUCUAUCCCGCAGCCCAUAGCAACGAUGGCAGAAAAUUACAACUCAAUGACCUCUUCGUUAGGCUCGAUGACGCCCACAUGCCUGCAACAAAGGGACAGCUAUCCCUAUAUGUUUCACGAUCCGCUGUCUCUAGGAUCUCCGUAUGCUCCGCCCCACCAUCGAAACGCACCGUGCAAUCCAGCAGCUGCACACCAACAACCUCCUCAACACGGAGUUUAUGGUAACAGUUCUUCAAUGACAUCGAACACAGGUGUUAUCUCUGCCGGUGUGUCUGUUCCCGUGCAGAUAUCAACGCAGAAUGUAUCAGAUCUAGCGGGUAGUAAUUACUGGCCGCGUCUUCAGUGAUCGUCAAUUUUUAAUUUGCCUUCUGCGCUCCUAUCCAAGGCAGCAGCCGCCGCGGUAGCAGUUGCUUCCGUACAUGCAGUUGAGGAGCAGGAUAAGUAUCAACAAGCGCAUUCGGUUGUUAGUGAGGAAGCUACAAACACCAGCGAUAUCAAUAGCCCACCAAAUUUUAUUCCACAAAUGGCACUAUGUUCACACCUGAAGAUGAGCAUGGGUGCGAAGAAGGGUAUGGGUAUGAUGAAAAUGGGUGUAUGCAUUUCACUUAGUGAAGUUAUAUCAGGUCAAGCUCUUACGCGUCCAACAUCGCUAUCCGCAUCAGUGUCUACAACAUCACCGAUUUUUGAUCCGGAUGGUCUUGGUCCUGAUCUUGACGCGAGCCACAUCCAGACUGUCAAUUGCAAAUAAUAUAACAAAUGAGCAACUCGACACAAUGCCAUUCCCUAUCUCUUUCCCGGCUUAGGCGAUACACAUAUUGAGUAGAUCAGAUCAGUGCCCUAGUACAUCUAUUAUUUUUGGAAACGCAAUUUACAUACAUAAAUACAUAUAUAGUUGCAUAAAUAGGAUACUAUUCAACUAACUAAGCAGAGUUAUUCAGUUACGUACAUAUGGAUGUACAUAUUUAUUUUAAUUUAUGAAAAUUCAUCAAAUUU